AUGAUUACGUCAGAAAUCCAUACUACUAAUACAUUAAGUGAUAAUGUAGAUGAUCUAUACCUUGAGACACAUCUUCUACCAGGAGUAGAAAUAAAAAUUAAAGAUGGUGAUCUUAUACUAACAGAAAAUUGUGCCAAGAUGUUAGGAGACUCCAUAUCAUUUGACACACUUGAUUUUAUUUUUACAAUAAAAUAUCAAAAAUGUGAUAAUGGUAAUGAUGGAAUGAUUUUAACAGGAUCAUCAAAAAUAUCAAAUUAUGAAAUUGUUAAUAAAAUUUUAAUUAAAGUUAGAUCAUUCAAUAGUGAUGGAAGUAUCUAUAAAGAUCAUACAUGUAUGUGUCUUGUUGGAACAGGAUGUGAACCAUUCUUGAUGGAAUUUUGUCAAAAUUUGAUUUUUAGUAGAAAUUUGCAUCUAAAUAUUGAAAUAAUUUAUAAAACUAUAGAAGAACUACCUGAUUUUAAGUAUGGAGAUUUAAAACUUGAAUUUAAUGAUGGAUCUUGUCUUUUUUUAUAUAAAAAUUUUAUUUCACAAAAUUCUACUAUCAUUCGAGAAAUGUUGAAGGAUAAGAUAAAUGAACAAGACAUUGUUGUAUUAAAGAUUGAUGAACCAUCUUGUGAGGAUUUCAAAGAAAUGCUUUAUUAUAUAUAUUCACCAACUCGUUCUAUAGGAAAUUCUUUUACAAGGAUUGCAAAAAUUUCAGUGAAAUAUAAAGUUACAUCACUUUGUCAUAAACUUUCUAUUUACUUAGCUGAAAUUGAAGGAUGUAAAUGGAUAGAUAAAAUUGAAAAAGCAAUACAACUUGAACUUUAUGAAGCUGUUGUAAUGUUAUCAAAGGCAGCUUUAUAUACAGGUAUCUGGGAUACAAUGAUAUACCAAUCUUUUGAUCCAGUAAAACAUUUUGGAGAUGAAAUAUAUCAAAAACUAAUAAAACCAAGUAUUGAAAAUGCAAAAAAAAAUGAAUGGACAUUAUUUUAG